AGCACAUACUUUCUUACCUUGGAGCCUGUGCUUUAAUGGAUCCGCCAUCACGGAGAGUGAACCGGAGGAGCUUCAAAUUUACCAAUGAUCAACCGAAAGCGGUUGAACAGGUGCCCAAGGCUGUGGAGUCCGCUCCGACUGGAAAGACCUUGGAAGGUACACCAGCAUCAAUUCCGGAUGGAUCCCCUGUGUCAGGUCAAUCCGUGGUGACGCCUCUCCGAAACAUGGCAUCUACACCAGCGAUGACUGCUGCUUCCCCCAAAGUAGCAGCAUCGUUGGACUUGACAGGCAAGAUAUUUUGUUUCGCUACCGAUUUGGAUUCGAUUCCACAAGAAGAAGUUCUCCGCAGAAUAGAGACUGCUGGAGGAAAGGUAGGGCUCGCCAUCUCACAACGGACCUCAUACCUGGUGCUUGGUGGAAAAAUGCCAGAUGGCAGGCCAGCAGAGGAUUCUACGAAGUAUCAGAGGUUCUCUGACUUGAGGGCAAAAGGGAAGGUACAAGCCGAAGUGCUACGGGAAGCAGACUUUUUGAAGAUGUUGCCCGCAGUAGAGAGCCCAAGUCUUCCAAGUAAGGUGAAGAAGGAUGUCCGCCCAAGCUUUCAGUCUCAGCCCUCGUCUCAAGAGUCUUCUUCUCGUCCUUUCAACUGGGUUGACAUUUUUGCGCCUUACAAGCUGGAUCAGCUGAUCGGUAACAAUGCUGCCGCCCAGCGGCUGACGGAUUGGCUUCGCGAUUGGGAAGAUGUAGUGCUCCACGGUCGCAAGAAGGCGUCGUCCCGACGAGAGAAUGGUGGUGCUGAGAAUGUGAAUGCGCGCGCGGUUCUAGUGAGUGGCCCUCCAGGGAUUGGAAAGACAACAACGUGUCGACUGGUGGCGGAAAUGCAUGGUGGAUACAAGGUCUUGGAGUACAAUGCAUCGGACGCCAGGGGCCAGAAAGUCAUCCAGGAGAUGGCUGAAGGAAUUGCGCAAAACUCAACGGUUUCUUUUUCAGGACAAGGAACCAGCAAGAGGAAGGCAGUGAUCAUUAUGGAUGAGGUGGACGGCAUGGGUGCCGGAGACAAAGGUGGCAAUGCUGCCCUCAUCAAGAUGAUCAAGACGACUCGCAAUCCAAUCAUUUGCAUUUGCAAUGACCAGCAUGGCCAGAAGGUGCGCAGCUUGGCGUCUCAUUGCUACGACCUGAAGUUCACCAGGCCCCCGAAGAAUGCCGUGGCACAGCGAUGUGCCGAGAUCGCAAGGCAGCAGGGCCUCAAGGUGGACAUUGCUUCCUUGGAGGCCUUGGCAGAAGCCUGUGGUGGGGAUGUACGCGUGGUGCUAAAUCAACUGCAGAUCAUGUCAAGCGCCAAGAGCUUUGGAGGCAAAGAUCAAGAAGUGAUGCUGGGCCCCUUCGAAGCGUGCAGGAGGUUGCUGAAUACAGCAGAGGCUGCGAGGCUUAGCUUUGAGGAUCGAGAAAAGCUGUUCUUCGUGGACUAUUCAAUGGUUGGAUUGCUGGUUCACGAGAACUACCUGCGGUCAAUGGAAAAGAAGCCAGCUACUUUAGAAGUGUUGAGUCGGUGUGCUUACUCAGCAGACCUCAUGACAGUAGGUGAUAUCUUCCAGCAGCGCAUCAAUGCUGAACAGGAGUGGAGCUUGCUGCCACAUUCUGGGGUCGUCUCAUGUGCCUAUCCAGCAUUUGUCUCAAAUGGCAUGCUGGGAUAUCCAUCAUUUCCAGCAGCGCUGGGCAAGAUGUCGUCCCUUUCCAAAUCCAGGAGACAAAUGAUGGACUUGCAGAUGCACUUGCGGCUUUCUUCCACGGUGUAUGGCCAGGCCAUGAUUUCGUCAUCGUAUGCUGAACUCCUCUACAGGCGUUUGGUUGAGCCUUUGAAGGAGAACGACAUCAAGGAGGCGGUUGGUCGGCUGGAUGCCUACGGGCUUCGACGAGAGCAUUUGGUGGAGCACCUGACAGAGUUGCGGCAACACCUUGGAUGCCAGGACAUGUUCAAGCAAGUGGAUGCAAAGGUAAAGUCGGCUUUGACGCGUGAGCUUAACACAGGCAAGCAUGCUGUUAAGGUCGUGCUUCCAUCCAAGAGAAGGCGGCUGGUAGAGGAACCUGGCUUUGAUGCGGAUGGUGAAGACGCAGAGGUGGUCAUGAAUGAUGUCGAGGAAUCAGAGGAUGAGGAGGAGAAGUCCGCCUUGAUCAAGGUCAAAGGGAAGAUGGCAAAGAAGCCAGCAGGAAAAGCACGGGGUAAGAAGGCAAAGGCUUAGGGGAAGAUUUGGUGCAAUGCCGGGGUUGCGCAUUUGUGGCCAAGUCUGAGGGAGUAGAGCUGCUUUGGCUGCGAGUUGACAG